UCUUUACACCGACUUUUGAUCGCAACGUCCGCGGUUUGAGAAUAGACCCUAAGGUGAAAACAUAUUUUUGUAUCUCUUCAUAUACACCCACUGUAAUUAAAGCGACAAGUACGUAAAGUUAUAACUUGAAGAACUGGAGCAGGAAAUAGUGCACAGUGGUGAAUAUACAGGGGAAAUAUGGCUGAUAUCGCAUCGCGGAGGAAUAUGUAUUUGCAAGUGAUGAGGCCAGCUCAACAAAGAGCACUCGUAGUAGAAUGACAGUGUGUAUGUUUUAAGGUGAUAUUGUAUAUUCGCAAAAUUGUGUUGAAGAUUUUUGGAAAGUACCAGUAACUUGGGAGAAGCUUCGUCAAGGCUGCAGCAUGCAGACGCCGGGCAAUAUGGCAAACCAGGGAAGCCCGUGGGACCAAGGCAAUAGAAGCAAAGCCCAGCUGCGUUUUGGAGAUAGAAUGGCUGUCCAAUCAGACAAGGAACUAAAUGACUUGCUUGACUUUAGUGCUAUGUUUUCCCCACCCGUACCCGGUCAACCAAUGAAAAAUGGCCCGAACCCACCACCGGAAUCUACUAUGUACCCUGGGUACAAAGGAGGAAUGGAGGAGGGAGGUAACUGGGGGCCCGGUGGUCAGCAAGGCCCUGGAUAUGAAUCUCGAAUGUAUGAUGGACAAAAUUAUAAUGGUCAACACAGUGGGGAAAAUAUGCCUUUUAUGAAUAACAGUGAUAUGCCGACAUUGAUGAACAAGAGUUCUGAUUACCGGUCUAGUUAUUCGUCCCGAGAAGGUCCAGUACAACAGGGAAUCAUGGGUGGUAAUAAUAUGCCAUUAUCGCCCGACGCCAUUGCUUCAGCAAAACCUACAGUUCCGCCUUAUUACAACAGUAAACGACCAAUGGAUGAGUACAACAGAGGUCGACCUACGGGAAAAUUCACCCCUCCUGAUCAUGGAAAAAGGCGAAAAACUGGUGUUGUUUACUCCCCAAGUCCUGAUGACUUUCACCAGGACUCCCCGCGCUACCAAGGCACGGGGAACUCGCCCAAACCUAUGUCGUAUUCAGACUACUUCAUGGAACCUCAGUCACAUAGUUCAGGAGACCCCUGGUCUUCCAGUAACGCGAUGCCUUCAUCCUCCUACCAAGCUUCCAUCACAAGUGGUUCACAUUAUUCACAAAACUCCCCUUAUACCAGUAUGCACCAUCCACAUGAAACAGGCUACCAUCCUGUGUCACCCAGUCAGGAAUCUCUCAUGUCGUCCGGUCUUCCCCCAAUGUCCACGUUCCGAGGUGGACCCGCCAUGCCCAACACUUCCACUGCAUAUUCUACAACAUCGUCGUCCGUCAAUGGAUCUGAGAUGAUGUCUAAUCGGCCGCAGGGCGGUUCGCAGACUGGUGAUGCACUAGGCAAAGCAUUAGCAUCUGUACCGCAGCAUCGACGUGCACCUCCGCCCCCUCCACAGUCCUCUCAGACGGCUGCGACGUUAGGAAAAGCUUUAGCAUCAAUAUAUUCAACUGAGCACACAAAUUCUAGUUAUGGAGGGUCCAACCCAUCCACACCUGUGUCCUCACCCCCACCAAUGUCAGCUGGCCCCAACCCCAACUGGCAUCGCCCCAAUAAUACUAGUACUACCUCGCCUCACUUUGAGAGUCAUCUCCACUCACUGACUGGUCAGAUGGAAGAGCGCCUCAGCCAAGCCAUUCAAAUUCUCGGAGAGCAUGGCCCCAACCAGCAAAGCAAGAUGGAGGAAAGACUUGAUGAUGCUAUUCAUGUCCUACGCAACCAUGCAGAGCACCAACCAGGCAUGCCGAGUCACCUGGGGAUGCCAGGAAUGAUGCCGCCGGGACAGUCCAAUGGAAUUAUGGGAAAUAUGGGUGGAUACCCAGGAAUGGGGAUGAUGCAGGGACACAUGGAUGCGCAUAUGCAGGGAAAUCACCCCUCGAUGUCAGAGAACAGAAGUCAGAGUGGGGGAAUGUCUGCAUCAUCAACUGAUCAGACAAAAACAUAUGAAAAUCUACGAAGCGACCAAUCACAGGAACCUAACACAGAUGGAUCCAUCAAAGUCGAACUUGCUGAUAAAAACAGUGAAGGCGACAAUAAAGGUGAUCAGCCUCCCAAAUCGUCGGCCAAAGGGUCAACAAAUUCAACUCCGCCUACAGGAAACCCGCCUUCCACGAAAAGGUCAAGGUCAAAAGUGGAUGAUGAUGAUAACUUGUCAAGGUCAAACAUGGGCGACGACGAUUUGAGUGAGGGCGAUGACAAUGAGAGCCCAGAAGGGAAGCAGGAACGAGAACGUCUACGUAGACAGGCCAACAAUGCCAGAGAAAGGUACGUUGCAUCCAAGACCACUCCCCUGGUCAAAGCGGCAUUAAACAACGCCAGAGAAAGAGUCCGAGUCCGAGACAUCAAUGAAGCGUUCAAGGAACUGGGUCAGAUGGUGACCCUGCACUGCUCGUCCAGUCAGCCACUGACGAAGCUGAUGAUACUCCAGCAGGCUGUCAAUGUCAUCACCUCGCUGGAGCAGCAAGUCAGAGAACGCAAUUUGAACCCGAAAGCAGCUUGUCUUAAGAGACGCGAGGAGGAGAAAUCGGACGAUAUGCCCGGUCGCAUGAAUGCGGACGAUAUCGCCCAACAGGCAGCCCUGGCAGGUAGUGCUGCCUUAAUGGGUCGCAUGGGGGCAACAGCUAGUUCCAACCGGCUGUCACCAGGGGGCAUGCUGCCCACAACUACACACGGUGCCUAUACUAAUGUCUACCUUCAAGCAGGCCACCCCUCGGACGGUCAGGAAAACCGACUUGAUCUCGGUAUGCCGCCAGUGUCAGUAACGACAGCGGACGCCGCCGUGGCGAAGCUCGGGCAACAAGCCAACAGGAGUGUGCUAAGCUUGUCUGAUUCGGUUGCCCAUGCUGCUGGUGUCACUGGGAGCUCUGCUGGGCAUGUAGGAGCGAGUGGGGGACAGAUGGUGCCCCCCCUCACGGACUCAAACGCAGACACCCUUGGGGGCAGAUUUUCCGUUGAUCAGGGUCCUCCCUAGCAGACUUUGCCCCCGUUUUCUAGUGAAAGAAUGAUCGGAAUGAGUGUUAUCUGUUUCAGGAAUCCUGCCUACCUGCCUAAUACAUUAGCGUUAAUGAUUAUUUGAAAAAAAAAAAAAGACAACUGUUCCAAACAAACAAAAAUAAACUCAGCCUAGCUGACCAUUGUUAGACUUCCAGUGCCAUCGCCAUGACGAUAGUGUUGCCAUGACGAUGACAGAUUUGUUGUGUUAUGUAAUUCUCAUUGAGUUGGCCUCUGCCUGUGUUUGGACGGAGACCACGAGAGAUGUCGAUUUCAGAACGUGUACAGUUGCCCUGAUGGAUUACCCAGAACUUCUCUGGCUGUAAAGGAGGAUCAACGUAAUGGAGAAGUCAAGUUUUGCAUGAGAAUCAAGCAUGCAUAGUGUCCAAAGUUCCAGAAUCCUAACAACUUCCUUCUUCCGAUACUUCUGUUAGUAUUUGAACGAUAGCAUUGGUUGGACUUCGUCAAUACAGAAGGAACAAGAUGGCCGCUGGUCGCAAUAUUCGGUGCUGUUACGUCGUGAUUCGGGCCAGUUCUGAUGAAAUGGAAAAUUGUGACACUGUGAGACUGUAACUGAUCUCCUGAUUGAUAUUUGAAUCAGUCGAAAUACCAGACUUUGAGAAUAAGCAUUGGUCAUAUCAAGGCCGGCCAUGUUGGAUUUCUCAGCCAGUGACAUUUGAGCAAUGCAGGAAUUGUGCAGCCUGAUUGGGUGAUCUGAACAGCUUUGUAGAGUAGUAGUGUGUGAAGUGACAGACUACACUGGGGAUUGUUUAUGCAUUAGAUGAUUGAGUCUUUCACUUGUCAGUAGGAUGGGAGUUAUCUCCUCUUCUUCUUUGCCAACUGUUGGUUAUCUCCCUUUAUAAGUUUUAAGCAAAAAGUUUAACCUUUGUUAACAAUGGUUUUAUGAAAGUAUGGGAUAACAAAAUGUUGAAAUUUGUUUGAAUUUUUAAAGUUGUAUUUACAAACUGUUUUAAUCUGUUAUUUACAACUAUUUUAUCAGGCAAGAGAUAUUUUGCCAGAUGUAUUCAGAGCAAAGGGUCAACAAGUGAAAGUCUCAAUCCAACCAUUAGCCCAUAAUCAUAUUGUAUAUUAUAUCACUGUUAUCAUCGACAUGCAUCAAUCACCAUAGCAACAAGACAUCUUAUGUCAUACAUUAAUGCAUAAUUCUCCAUAAUGGAACAAGCUAGAGGCUGAUUGGUUGCCAACAGGGAUGUGGUGUAUCAAAUAUUGUGACAGCCAGCAGAGAACAAGAAAUUGUUAAUAGUCCUUGUUCUUGUAAUGGCUGCAGGAGCUGGAUGCGGCUUGUUCAUGGUGGCGUGGUGCGCUCCUCCCAGCGGGGAUAGUCUAAUCAUGAUUUUGUUUGUGUUCAUGUAGAUGUAUUAAGUGAUAUUCUACUUUUUUGAGCACUAUUUUACACAAAGUUGGUGCAUUUUAUCACCACGACUGGGGUUUUGUAUAGUAGAAUAUAUGCUGCCAUAAUAUCAGCUGGUCACUCCUUUGUUGCAGAAACAGGUCAUAAUGAUGCUUUAAGAAGUGUCUUGCCAGGAUAUAACUGCGAUAUCGCUUAAGAGUGGAAUAAAACUCUAUCUGAUCAGUGAAGGAAAUGUUGCUUUGACAAAUUGUAAAUCUGAAAAAUAUUGGUGUUCAACCUGGUUUUCUUGCAUGUAAGGUUUUCAAAGCUUAUCUAUAACCAGAAAUAAGGCAUGUUUGCUUCCUGUUAUUGAUGAAAUUUCAAGACACCAAACAUUCAACGACUUGAAGACCUGUACUUUGGAAUUUGGCAAAUUUCACCAAUUGAACAGAUCAGAUGCGGCAGCUAGCAAGGGUUUAAGACAAUUGACCAAUUUCCAGGGACAUGACCUGUGUUUUGGCUUUGGGCAAAUUCUGUUUGUCAUGGAGGAGUGGCCGGUUGCUAGUAGUGUUAGGUACAAUAUAGGUACAUGUUCGUAUUGGAGGGUGUUGGAUCGUAAUGAUACGACCUCGCACAGUAGGUCCAGUGCCUCGAUGUUUCCUGCAUUUAAUAUAAAUGCAAAUUUUAAAUAUAUAUUUGCAUAUAUUUAUUGCUUAUCUUCUCUUCCAAGUUUACAGAUGUUAAUGUCUAUUUUUGAAACAAAAAGUCAAUAGAUUAAGCCAAAUUUGUGUCAUAGGGCACUUUGAAUGUUUCACCCUGAACAAAUAAAAUGUCAUUGUUUUCUUCAAUAAUGUUGAGGCUACUUAGAUAAAUAAAACAAUGUAAUUUAUUUUUUGUCUUAAAUCAUAACAUUUCAUAUGUUCAAUAUGUUUUCAUUUCUAAUCCUAACAAGACAAUUAUCAAAAUUCUAAAAAAAUAGUUACAGCCAUUUAAACUAAUCAAAAGUGUAACCUAAUUAAAGCAUUUCUUAUUUAAUUAGAACUAUUGGUACGAUAAUUAAUGUUGUAAUGUAAUUAAGCUUUAAACAAAAUUGAAGUUCUUGUCAGUUAAGGAUGAAAUAAAAUGAAAGUAAAAAUGAUUUAGUGUUCAAGUUUGCUUGAUUGUAAAAAAGCAGGAUGAAUUUUUCGAGUUUGACUCCAGGAACUCUGGUUAUUAGUUUCCCUCUCUGCCACAAUUAGCUCUAGGUUUCUGUAGAUAUUAAAUACAUAUUUGUUAUAUAAUACACCAUUGUGCAUUUUCACUGUCUACCCUAACAAGUUGAAAUGAACUCUUCUGGUGUUUGAUUUAGACUCUACCAAAGGUCAGUAGAGGGGUGACAGGUCAGUCCAUACUUAAAACAUGACCUAUCUAUCAGGGGCUGGAAGACGUGGAGUUGUAAUUUGAAAACAAUAAAAUGAAAUGCUUUUGAUUA